GCGGGUGGAUGGCUGGAUGGUGCGCCAGUCCCAAACAUUUGUGAUCCAACGGUCAGCCAGUUGUGCAUGAGGCCCCCGAAACGGUACCACAAGAUCACAAGAUGCUCUGGCAUGCCGGUUGCAUGCCCGUCAUGCCUUGAAGGUUGCAGAGCUUCAGGGCUCAUCUGCCGCGAUUUCGAUUUCAGGCUCCUUUCGGGGCCCGGGGCCAGGCCGGGAAUGGGCCCAAUGGAGGGAGAGGAAGAGCCGCUGGAGGAGGAGACGCAGAGCAAGAAGGGGAAGAAGAAGGAGGGCAAGAAACCAUGGCCGAAGAAGGCGUGGCGGCCCUGGCGGGACCGAAUCAGCGACCAACAGGACGCCGUGCUCUUUGUUCAGUCCUUCGUGGACGUCGCGGAGCAGCUGUCACGGCUCCUUACCGUCUCUGCGAAUGGCGUGGCCAUCGGCUACAUGCUGCACGAGAUCACCGGUGCCCCUGUACUUACCCAUAGCUUUCGUUUGAGCAACCUGGGCUACAAAGACGGCCUCACCGCCGUCACCAGCGACACGUCCCCGGACAGCGCUGCCUGCUGCGAGCUCGAGGCAAGCAACUGCCUGGUUCCCCCGGCUGUGCUCUACGGCGGGGACUUGCAGGGCCGCGUCUUCGCCUGGUCCUCCACCGGCGCGCUGUUGGCAGAGCUGAGCGGCCACACAGCGCCCAUCACGGUGGUGCGGUGUUUGACGGCCUUCGGCGCUUCGGAUCAGCUGGAGGACCCUCAGGCGCUGGAGGCGGCCGGGGAGGGACCAGACCUGGCCACUGCGUCUGUGGACGGGACCAUCCGCGUGUGGCACACCUCCGCGGGCCUUGCGCUCUACGGGGAAGCCGGCAACAGCUGGUGCCUCUUCAUCCUGGAGCUGGGCCACCGGAACCCGGUGUCAGACAUGGUGCUCUUUUCCUGCGACGAGAUCGCUGUGAGCACAUGGGACGGCCAGAUCCGUUGGGUGGACUUGACCCGAAGAUGCUGCUCCAAGGCAGUGCAGGCGACCCAGGCCCAGGCCCGGGCGCUCUGCAAGUGGCGGAAGAACCAGGAGUGGCAGGUCUUCGUGGGCAUGGAGGACGGCACCAUCGCUUGCUGGGCCAACUCGAGCGCUUUGCCCUUGGCCGGCCUGACCACCACCUCCAUGCAUCAAAGGCUUAGCUGGCAAGGCCACUUCGACGCCGUGAUUGCCCUGAGCACCUGCAAGGACUGGGUGGUGAGCCUAGCGGAGGACAAGCUGGUGCGGCUCUGGGAGGCCAGCAGCGGCAAGCUCUUGGCGGACCUUUGGGGCCAUGGGGCCGGGCCACUGCACGCCUGUGUGUCCAAGGAGUCGCUGCUGUGGACCUGCGCCCGGGACCACACGGUGCGCAGCUGGGACCUGGCGGAGCUGCGACGGCAGCUCCGCGAGCUGCAGGCGAUGGAGAUUUGCGACAAGCAGUCCUUCACGUACGAAGUCACGUUUUCCCGGCUCACGGCAAAGCAGCUGAAGAAGAUGCAAGUCGGCGGCAAGUCGCCUAAGCGCAAGGGCCGGCGCUGACACGCUGAGGGAGCUUGAGGUAUGUGUGUUUCUUGGAUACUUCCAUUUUCCCCCCCA